UUUUGUUUUUAUUGAGAAACCGCUUACCCUGAAAAAAUGCGGUCCAGUUAUCAAGACAACAAUGCACCUCGGUCCAAAGUGCCAACAUGGCGGCUCAAGUUGGAUUUUCGCCGUACUCUAACGAAAUAAGGGAGAAACUAAGCCUAUGGGACGUGAAGGAUUCCCCUCUGGCGCCAUUAUCGGAGAAGCAAAGAAACAGUGUACUUGAACUGACCACUGUAGCAGGAAACCGUCCGCUUUUAGAUGAGUUACCUGAAGAUGAUUGCACAAGUCUGCCACCCAAGAGGACCCUGAGUGAUACAAGUAAAGAAGCUGCUAUGGACAUGGCGAGAGUUGACUUGGGAUCAGAGAAGAUAGAAAAUGCUCAACAGUUUUUUGCCUGGUUUGCAAAUGUUGAGGCUCAAAUGGAAGAGGAGCAAGAAUCUUCUUACAGGUCAUAUGCUGCACAGUUGAGUUCAUAUCGUGAUCACUGUGACAGUAUUCUUAAAGAGGUGGAAUCAGCAUUGAACCAUCUGCAAGAUUUACAGCACAAACAUUUACUUGUAUCCACAAAAACUGGUGCUCUUCAUGAAGCUUGUGAACAACUUCUCCAGGAUCAGACAAAGUUGAUGAACAUGGCUGAAAGUAUCAGUAAUAAGUUGUCGUACUUCAAUGCAUUGGAUCAUCUCAGACACAAACUCAACUCACCCACUGUCUCAGUGACAAGUGAGGCAUUUGUUCCAAUGCUAGCCAGACUUGAUGAGUGUAUUUCAUUUAUAUCCAGCAAUCCUCAGUUUAAAGAGUCUCCAGUGUAUCUUGUUAGAUUCAAACAGUGCUUGAACCAAGCCCUGAAUCAGGUGAAAACACAUGUUGUGAACUUGCUGAAAAAUGCAACAGCACAAGUCUUAACAAACAAGGAGGGUGGAAACACUUCUGAGAAUUCCUUUGCACUGUUUUACGGAAAAUUCAGAACCUGUGCACCUCGAGUAAAGAGUUUGAUGGAACAAAUUGAACAAAGAAGUCACUUAAGCUCUGAGUACAGCUCCCUUCUCAGUGACUGUCAGCAUUGCUAUUUAUCCCAGCGUUCCCAGCUGCUCACCCCUUGUGUCAGUGAUGCCAUUGACAAACUGGCCAAGCAGUAUGAGAGAAACCCUUGCUCUCUAGUUCGUGCAGGAUGUUCAGUGUUAAUUCACGUUUGUCAAGAUGAAUACCAGUUAUAUUAUCACUUCUUCUCAAAGCCAAGUGCAGGCCUAGACUCAUUGUUAGAAAUCCUGUGCAGCACCUUGUAUGAUUCUCUGAGACCUGUUAUUAUUCAUAUGAACCACAUGGAAACCUUGACUGAACUCUGCACAAUAUUAAAGGUUGAGAUGAUUGAAGAUCAUGUACAACAGAAAGGUGAAGAGUUAGCUGCCUUUGAAGUUGUGGUUCUUCAGAUGUUGGAGGAUGUACAAGAAAGAUUAGUCUACAGGGCACAGGCAUACAUCGAGACUGACAUCCAGAAAUAUUCCCCAGCUCCGGGUGAUUUGGCAUACCCUGAAAAACUUGUUAUUGGGAUGACAGGUGAUGCUGACAAAGAGGAAAAACAAGCUGAAGGAGAAGAGAAGAAACCUGUGGAAUUGCCAGCAGCCCUGGCAGACCUGCAGGGUAUGUGGUACCCAACUGUCAGACGCACACUAGUUUGUCUCUCCAAACUUUACCGCUGUAUUUCGAAAGAGACGUUUGAAGGUUUGUCUCAAGAGGCUCUGUCCUUGUGCAUUCAGUCCCUUAAAACAGCAAGUGCACUUAUUACCCAGAGAAAGGAUGCCAUAAAUGGUCAUUUGUUCCUUAUAAAGCACCUACUGAUCCUCAGGGAGCAGAUUGCACCUUUUGAUGUAGAUUUUGCUGUCAAAGAAAUGUCACUAGAUUUCAGUAAGAUGAGGACAGCAGCCUAUGGCUUAUGGAGUCACAGCAACAGAUUGUUUGCCCUUAGUAGUAGCAAUGCUCUUCUGGAAUUCCUCUUGGAUGGUGCACCACAGCUGACAGAAAACUACUUGGAUUCAAAGAAGGAUGUUGACGUUGAACUCAGGAUUGUGUGUGAGCAGUUCAUCCAAAAUGUAUCAGAGUCACUUAUCUCCCCUCUGUCUGCAUUUCUGACAAAGGUUACAGUCAUUAAGAAUCUUGCAGAGGAAGAGAAAAAGGAUACUAAAGCAUUUCUCAAGCAGCAGCCUUUUACAAAACCAGAGAAUGUUCGCAAAGUUGUGAGUGAGACCUACAUGUUACUCAAGUCCAAACUGACCAGUACUUUACAGAGCAUGGCUUUGUUCCUGGCAAACAAAGACACAGAGUAUAUCCUGUUUAAACCUGUCAAGGCUAAAGUCCAAGAAUAUUACAAACAGAUGAAUGACUUGGUGACAGAGACAUACUCUGAGGAAGAUCAACAGAUUAUCGGAUGUCCAUCCAUUCAACAGGUGUCCCUUCUGUUGGCAGUAUCAUGAAUAAUAUCAAGUCACAAAAGUAUUAUUUUGAUAGCAUAGCUGUUAAAAUUAUAGCAUCCCAAAUAGGUAGCAGGGUCUUCAUUACUGCUGUUUUAGUUACGUUUUCAGAAGAUUGUGUGUACUUAUUUCUUGUAAUGUUAAGGUGUAUUCUAUCACAUGUUGAAUAGUUGAAAACUGUUGAUCACCACAUCUUUAUUUCAUCAGCUGAAAAGCCUGAAAUUGAAUGUGAAAUUAUCAGUUCAAACUCUUGACAAGCUUGUAGUCUUCAACAAGAGUUCAACUGCACUGAAAUAGUUAAAUUUGCUAAGAGACCACCAACAGAGUUCAUUUUGAAAUAGGAUAAUUAUAAUAUGGAAGGUUAUCAUGCAAAGCAUGUAAAAAAAAGGCUAUAGGUUAUUUAUUUCAGGUAGAACAGUUUGCUAAAGAGUGGAUUUGACAAUGGUCAAUGUAGUUAUUCUGGUAAUGGAAGAAUGCAUGAAAAGCUUGUUACUGAUGCCGGACUUGGCUCAUCAUUUGCAAACAUGUUUGUUGUACAAAAUUUGAGUGUAUGGUGUAAUAAUCACUUUUUGCCGAGACUAAAGGGGGAAUAUGGAGGUGCAAUGGCCUCAUGGUUAGUGCACUUGCCUCUGGAUCAAGUGGUCCAGGUUUGAUCCCUGGCCAGCGUCAUUGUGUUGUGUUCUUGGGUAAGACGUUUUACUCUCAAAGUGUCCCUCUCCAUCCAGCUGUACAAAUGGGUACUGGCUAAAUUAAUGCUGGGGGUAACCCUGUGAUGGACUUGCAUCUCAUCCAAGGGGGAAUAAAAAUACUCCUAGUCGCUUCAUGCUACAGAAACCAGAGAUAAGUGCUGGCCUGAUGGACCACUUGGCUGUAUGCAUACUUUAGUUACCUCAAAGGGGGACUCUCUCAGUUAACAAAUAUUAGUUGAUUGUACAGUGAGGGUAUCUUAUGAUGGCAAGGAUGAAUAUGGAUUGUAAUAUGAAAAAAUAUUCACAAGACAUUGAGCAACGAAGAGAGGAGUAAAAGUAUGAAAAAUAGUUCAUUUAUUCUAUAUGGAUUAAUUUCUACAAAUCUAUUGUUCUAGUGUUGAGUGAAAUUGUUUAACUUGUGAAACAUUGAUCCUGCAUUAAAAGGUGUUAAUUAUUCUUAAAAUCUGCCGCUAUCUUUACUUUGUUUCAAGCUUAACAUACUGAUGAAUUGAUUUACAUUUCACACGUUAAGUAACAUCACUCUUAUUAUACAGAAUAUUUGUAAAUUAUAAGGUGAAACUCUAUUUACAAUAUAACAUUUAGUAUUUAUAUGUCCAUUUCUAAAUACAUUUCAUGUAAAUAAAAGAGGUCUUGGAGCAUUACGUUUCACAUCCUGUUUAUGGUGCAAUUUUGUUUAUAGUACAUUUCUUUCAAUCUUUAGCCCAACCCCUAAUAUAGAACCAAAAUACAAUCAGUGGGAGAUUUUCAAUUACAAGAAUGCUACCUAAAACCUAUUACUGAGUACUUUCAUUGGAAAUUAUUGUUUCUAUUAUCACACAAAUCAAUUAAACUAACUAUACAAUUUUACAAACGGAUAUUUUUUUCUUGCCUGAAAAAACUUCACAAGUACCAAACAUCUUGAUUUUGUUUUUUGAAACCCAAACAAUAAUAAAAAAAAUAAUUAUUGGCAAAUACUAUUUUUUUAGCUGAUUUGAUUACAAAAAAAUUCUUCACAAAAUAGGAUACCAUUUAUAGUGAACCAAAAAAGUCUAACCACUAAUAUAGCAGCUAUUACAAUGCCACGAUUAUUUCUUUUCACAAUUCUUUAUGCUAAGAGAAGUUUGUUUAAAUUCUUGAAUGUAUGUGUUU